AGCCGUCUGAACCGACGCAAUCACAAAAAUAUUUCCUACGAGAUGACAUAAAAGUUGGGCUUAGAAUCCAAAUUAUAAUUUUAACCCCUUUUUGGGCCCAAUUCGUAAUCAAUUGCUCUAACAAUUUAAUUAAUUCUUUUGGGCCAGAUUUCGGGGCAUUAUAGUUAGUUUGUAUCUUUUAGAGAUAAUCAUGGGUGACGCAAACACUGUGCGAGGUCGUGUGAUUGGUUCGGCAGUACUCAGUUACUUGUAUCGCAGUAUGUGUCGUGUUAGUGCGACGAGUGCAACACAGAUUGGAGGUUGUCUAGUCUUGUUACAGAUUUGGGCUUGGGAGCGUCUGCCUAUGACUAGACCUAGAGGGGUUAUACCAUUUGAUCAGCUAGUAGAUGUCCCAUAUGGAGUCAGAUGGGUGUGUUACCAUCGAUGGUCAGAUUGUACCACGCACUCCAUACGAGCAUACAGGGACCAGCUUGACAGAUUGCUCGAGGGAGAGCUUGUAUGGUUGCCGUAUCCGAAUGUCCAUACCCUACCACCCUAUUGUUCUGCUGGAAUCGGAAUAUGGACUUCUAGAAUCCCCUUGAUCUAUAACUACGUUGUGGAGAUGUACUAUCCCGAUCGCUUUUGCAGGCAGUUUGGUGCCCUGCAACACAUCCCUGAAGUCUACGUCAAACCCUACGUGGAUGCCACACCGGAGUAUCGUCAGUGGUACUACCUUCGGGGUCGACGACAGAUAGGGAACCCUGCCCAUCAGCACCGACCAGGUCAACGCCUUGAUCUUGGUAGGCAUCCAGAUGGGUUUGUACCUUCACACGAGGUAUUGAGAGUUCAUGAGUUGUUAACAGAGUGUGUUCGUGCUCUUGGGCAUGCAUCUAUCCUUGAUCACCCACAGGAUCAGCAUGCUUACAACCUAGGACAUAUCAGGAGACGGGUAGAUAGAAGGCGUGAUGCACCUGCUGUCGGAGUCAGACGUGGAGGGCGGGCGGAAGAUGAAGAAUCUUCCGAAGAGGAAGAGGACAUAUCUGCAGAUGAACGAGAAGAUGGACAGGACAUUCGUGCAAUGCCACAGUUACAUGACCGGCAAAGUCACGUACCAAAUAUGUCGUUGAGGCCAACGUUCCACAUCCCAAAUAUUGAGGUCGGAAACAGGCCGGAUUACACGCGAGCUAAAGACAACAAAUUGUUAACUAGUGAACUCAUUAGUGCCCUGAUUGGUCCUAAAAUUGAAGAAGAUGCCGAUUAUAAAGUCAAACUCAUAAUGAGGGAUGUUUAUGAGUUGUUCCAAGUAUCUGUCUCCUAUAAGAAGGCAUGGUGUGCAAAGUCAUUGGCCAUUCAGCGAUUGUACAGUAGUUGGGAGGACUCAUACAACAAGCUGGCUCAUUUGCUCGGUGCAAUAAUGGGAUCAAACCAGGGGACAGUUAUGGAUUUGCAAACUCUACCUACGAAUGCACCGACUACAUUUCAGUUCAGGUAUGUUUUUUGGUCUUUCAAGGCAUCCAUUGAUGACUUCCACUACUGUCUUCCAGAUGUUUCAGUGGACGGAACUCACUUAUACGGAAAGUAUAAGGGAACUUUAUUAAUUGCCGUGGCAAUGACGGGAAAUGGUGAGAUUUUUCCCUUGGCUUUCUCCAUUGUGGAUGUUGAAGAUGGCGAAAGUUGGAAGUGGUUCAUGACAAAUAUCAUGCGACAUGUCGUACCUCCACACCGCCAUAUAUGCAUAAUAUCUUAUAGACACAGUGGUAUUGAUCACGCAUUCAAUAAUGUUCCAGAACUGCUGGGAGGUCAUGUCACUCGAAGAUUUUGUCUCCGCCAUGUGCGAAGCAAUUUCCAUAACAAGUUUCGGAGUAAGAAACUUAAAAACAUGAUGUAUAAAGCUGGCAAGACCCCUAGCAGAAGUGAGUUUGAGCAGACGCUUCUCGAGAUAGCGUCCAAAAAUCAAGAAGCCUACAACUGGCUUAUGGCUAUUCCAAAACACAUGUGGGCAUUGUCGCAUGAUGAAGGUGGCGGACGCUAUGGUAUAACAACAACAAAUUCGUCUGAAAGCUUCAAUCAUGUCCUUAAGGGAUGUCGUUGUUUACCCGUCUUUGCCAUUGUGAGGUUCACGUAUGACAAAUUGGUCAAGCUAUUUGCUGAUAGGCGAACUAAUGGAUAUUUGUGGCAACAAUCUGGGUAUAAUUUUCCAAUAAAUGUGUGGAAAAAGAUCAAGCACAAUGAAGAAAAUAGGCUUUAUUGUCGUGUUGUGCAGCACCACGCACAACAUGGGAUAUACUCUGUGGUUGUGGAUGGGUCCUUCAACAAUGGUCACCGCGAGAAAUUUGCGGUGAAUUUAAAUGCACGGACAUGUACUUGUGGAUAUUGGUUCUACAUCAAUGCUUAUUCAGGCAUCCUAAUGCCGCUUCCCGAUGAUGACUGGCCUACUCCAGGAUACGAGAUUGUGAGACCAACUGCACGAGCGAGAACACAAACCGGUUGACCAACAAGAACUCGCUACCCAAAUAACAAGGACUAUCGACCACGACGACGUCACAAUGAACAAUAACUAUAUCAUGGAUUUCAAAUGUUCAAGUUUAUGUUUUCUGAUUUUAAAAAAAUAAAUUAGUUAUGUCAUG